CGUGAGCUGUGCGAUGCAGUGACUGCUACCGUAGCGGACGAUGGAGAGUGCAGAGUCAAUUGCUCACAUCUACUCGCCAUAUGCAGCGGAUCCUCUCUGCAGUAUUUCCAACUGGCGGAUGGGGAACUGCAGGCAGAGGCCAAUAAUACCACCAACUCCACCUCGGUCUACAUCACUCAGGCUGAAGCCUAUGGGUAUGGGUUUGUAAUGAUCUUCAUCAUCAGCCUCCUAUCUCUGCUGGGAGUUGUGAUAGUUCCUCUCAUCCGGCAAAACUCUCGCCUUCUUCUAGUUUACAAGCAUCUCAUCUCUCUCCUCAUUGCCAUGGGUGUAGCUGCUCUAACGACAGAUGCUCUACUUCACCUCAUCCCUAAUGCAAUUGGUAUACAUUCACAUGACAGUGGGGAUAUUCAUAAAGAGAUAGACGAGAGAGAUGUGGUGUGGAAGAUGUGUGCAGUAUUGGCAGGUGCUCUCUCUUUCUUCCUCCUCGAACUGCUCCUCCACAGCUGCACCGCCCGAUUUGGCCACACCCACUCCCACGGACUCCUGGAGAGCACCAGGCUCAGCUCUGAAUCCCUACUCCUCAACCACAAGAGCCAACCAGAGGGACCUGGUGGGGAGGGGAAGGAGGAGGCUCCUCCCUCCGACAAGACAGAGGUUAUGGGAGAUAAACCAUUGUCAGAACAUGACUAUGGCACUGUCGGCAGGAAUGAUGCCAACACUACUUACCACACCGCACCUGGUUGUCUGAGCCCUGUAACCUCUAUAAAACCGCUGGCAUGGGUCAUUAUCAUUGGAGACGGGAUGCACAACUUGACAGACGGUCUGGCAGUGGGCGUGGCCAUCUCUCAGAGCCUCGGUCUGGGCCUGAGUACCGCCAUGGCCAUCCUCUUCCAUGAGAUUCCUCACGAACUGAGUGACUAUGCUAUUCUCCUCCACACGGGAAUGUCGUGGUACAAAGCUCUCUUCCUCAACUUUGCCUCUGCUCUCACCUCAGUACUCGGGUUCUUUGUCGGCGUUGCCAUAGGAACGGACUCGGAGGAAUCCGAAGAAUGGUUGCUGGCGGUGAUAGCGGGACAGUUUCUCUAUAUUGCUCUUGUUGACCUGUUACCAGAAUUACUUCAUUCCAAAGAGGAGGGGCUACAGAAGGUCUUGCAGGUGAUAAUGUCGGUCCUCGGGCUGGCAGUGGGGUUCAGUGUUCUACUAGUCAUAGCACUAUUUGAAGACACAAUCAAUGUCUCUGUUAAUUAACUCUCUUUCCCUCUAGUUUUGGUUUUGAACAGUACAGGUAUUGUAUAUACAUCACGGCCCAUUCUGCACCUGUUUUAAGUACUGUAUAACUGUGCUAAAAUUAUUGUACCAAUUUCAUAAUCAAAAUCUCUAUGACAUUUGGUUGAAGAGUGAUGAAAGUGAGAUGAGAACAUGUGCAAGUAGAGUGGAAGAAUUGAACGAGAG